AUGGACAUGCUUGCCACAGGAAGAAAACAACCACAAUUAUGGAGUACAAGUAACUUGAAUGGUACAUAUAACUUAAUGCCUUGGCGUCCCAAUUUGGAAUGUAAAAACGUUCAAAUUAUGCCUUUAGCUACAAAGUCAUCGCCUAAUUAUACUUUAGAUAACGCGGAUACCAUAAGUUCAUUAAAGUUCCCUAAUUUGGUAACGGGAUAUGAACGCAAUCCAGUAUAUACUUCAGGAAUUACUCUUCAUACACGAUAUACACCUAAUGAAUGGUUUCAGAAACAAGUAGAAUAUUAUAACGAAGCAGAUUCCUGUAGACAUUUUUCGGAAAGAAUAAGAAACGAUGCUUUACGAAUUAUUAGGGACGCAGAAGAGAAGGUGCAAAUUGGACAAUAUGAUACUGGUAGAAGACUUGGUGAAAGAAUAAACGACGUGAAUUUUUGGCGAAACGAAAUAGUAUCAGAAUUGGAAAGAUUAUUUCAAGAAAUCGAAAGACUUCAAGAUUGUCGUUUUAAUUUGGAUAAAGCUAUUAAGGAUAUCGAGGGUCCUUUGCAUAUUGCAGAGGAGUGUCUUUAUCACAGAGAAGCUAGAAAAGGCACCGAACUUGUACACGACGAUUCAGAGAAAUGUUUACUGAAAGAGAUAGAAACGUUAAAUCAAAAUAGAAAAAAACUGGAAAUUUGUUUGGAGAAAUGUAAAAAUCAGCUAAGAGAUUGCAGAGCAUCUCAAUGCCAGCUAGAAUUAGACUUAAAAAAUAAAGAAAAUGCAUUAGGAAUAGAUACAAUGUGUCAUCAAUUGAACAAUUACAGCCACGGAUUACAAUAUUAUUCUGGAAUUGAAAAAUAUGAUCCAUGCUUUUCAGAACAAGAUACAUGGAUGGAUGCUGCUAAUCGAAUAGUUAAAAAGUCACAGAUGGAGAGAAACAAAUCUUGUCAAUUAAGGGGAAAUGCAGAAGCUCUUAUGAAUAAAAUUGCACAAGAAAUGUGGGAUACAUGGAAUAAUACAAAUAAUGCUUUGGCACAUAGAUCUUCUGAAUUACUAGAAGCUAAAAAUAAACUUCAACAACAUUUACAAAAGGUGCAGCAAGAAAUUUUUGACAUUGAAAAAAACUUGGAAUUGAUGCGUAAAGCUAUUGCAGAUAAAAGUCAUGUAAUGAAAGUAGCACAUACCAGAUUGGAAGCUAGAAUGCAUCGUCCAGAUAUAGAGCUGUGCCGUGAUUACGUUCACACAAGCCUCCAAAAAGAAAGUGGUGAAAUAAGUAAUCAAAUAGAAAGAAUGUACAGAGCUUUGAAAGAGUUGGAGAAUCAACACCAGAAAUUAUUGAGAACACGAACAAUGUUGGAACACGAUCUAGCGCUGAAGAUCGAUGCGAUGCACAUCGACCGGGAAAAAGUUUCUGGUCUUAGGCGCGCUUAUCCGAUUAAUGUUCUGUUCAAAUUUUAAUGUUUACCUAUAAACAAUUAUUCCGCAUCAUUGAAUUGCACGUUCAAAGAAAUUUAGG